AUGAACGGUGAGGACUUACCUCGAGAUCAUGGCUAUCCACUACGAUGUAUUGCGCCCGGUGAGGAGACAUUUGAAGUAGCUGGAUAUGCUUGGAGUGGCGGUGGUCGUGGUAUUAUUCGAGUUGAAGUGAGCGCGGAUGGAGGCAAAACAUGGCAGUGCGCUGAGUUGGAGCAAGACGAGAAGCAAGACCUUGACCAUAUGUGGGCUUGGACAUUAUUCCGUGCAAACAUCAAGAUCCCAGAGAAAGUUAAUAAGAUGGAAUUGGUGGUGAAAGCAACUGAUCGGUAUUUCGACAAACGUUUCUAA